AUGCCCUUCUCUGGCUGCGGGGCCGGGUCCCUCCUCCCUGGGGGCGGGUCGGCCCUUUUAAAGCCCCGCAACGAGCGGGCCGGCGCUGCUCACCCGUGCUGCGAGCUGACUGCCACUACCAAAUCCUACACCUUUCAGGUGGAUAAGGAAGAUGACUCUGACCACAUUUUGGCCUUGUCUAUGGUCUGUCUCACAGAUGGUGCCAAGGACGAGUGCAACGUGGUGGAGGUGGUUGGACGAAACCAUGAGAACCAGGAGAUUUCUGUACCUGUGGCAAAUCUGAGGUUAUCGUGCCAGCCCUUGCUGAGUCUGGACAACUUCAAACUGCAGCCUCCAGUGACCUUCCGCCUGGCAGCAGGCUCUGGCCCAGUACACCUUGCUGGCUGGCACCAGAUCAUGCACAGGGAAGAUGCUUCCUUUGAGGAGGAUGAUGACUUGUCUGAGGAAGAGGAGGAGGAGCUUCCUCCUAUCAUGCCAGCCAAGAAGUAG